CUUCCUCGCGCUGUAACGGCAACUUACGGCGGCGGCAACAGCCACGGCAUCCUGAGAAAUGGCGACAACUGUUCGGCGCAGGCUGGUCGGCAAAGACAUCGAAUGCGAGAUUGCGUCGGAAACUGCCUCCGAGACCGCAACAUCCCGCGAGCCGAGUCCCGAUAAUCAGCAGCGUGAAGUCACUUCCACCUUCAAGGUUAUACACAAACGUCCCAAGACCCGAAAGCGCAAGACGACAGCAAUAUUCCUGUUGGGGAGUCUGUUUGGGAUUAUAGCAGCUGGCUUCUUUGCUAAAAGCAAUGAUCUGAUCGAUAUUCCUCUCCCCGAGCUCAAGGAGCUCAGUGUGGACAGCUUGUUCGAGGUAUUGCCUGCCGGCUUUGUCAAAGAGAUGCGUGACCUGAUGAACGGCGAACGAGACUUGAUAGAGAGCGAUGAUGCCUUCUCGGUAGGCAUGAAGAUGCGCGCCGAAGGCCUAUCGGCCGACCACCCUAUAGUCAUGAUCCCCGGGGUCAUCUCUACAGGUCUAGAAUCAUGGAGCACGUCUGAGCUGUCGUUGCCUUAUUUUCGGAAGCGGCUUUGGGGAAGCUGGACCAUGAUGCGAGCUCUUGUCAUGGAUAAAGAGGCGUGGAAGAGGCACAUCAUGCUCGACAAGACAACCGGAUUAGAUCCCCCGGGUAUCAAGCUACGCGCCGCCCAGGGUUUCGAUGCAACCGACUUUUUUAUCACGGGUUACUGGAUAUGGAAUAAGAUCCUCGAGAAUCUAGCAUCUCUUGGCUACGACCCAACCAACUCAUACACAGCGGCUUACGACUGGCGAUUAGCAUAUGCAAACCUCGAGGUGCGCGAUCACUACUUUUCCAGGCUCAAGUCUUACAUUGAGCAAGCCGUGUUCAUACACAAGAAGAAGGUGGUUUUGACUUCUCACAGCAUGGGCAGUCAGGUUCUGUUCUACUUCUUUCACUGGGUUGCUUCCGAGAAAGGCGGCCAGGGCGGCCAAGACUGGGUGGAAAGACAUGUUGAUUCAUGGAUCAAUAUCAGUGGAUGCAUGCUGGGAGCUGUUAAAGAUGUAACAGCGAUCCUUUCCGGUGAAAUGCGGGAUACGGCGCAGAUGAAUGCAUUCGCGGUUUACGGUCUCGAGAAAUUCCUUAGCAAGGAGGAACGCGCCGAGAUAUUCCGUGCUAUGCCUGGAAUAUCAUCCAUGCUUCCCAUGGGCGGUAACGCUGUCUGGGGAGAAUUGGAUUGGGCUCCAGAUGACCAGCCAGGCCAAGGGCAUAGCUAUGGAUCGUUGCUGAAUUUCCGCGCCGGGCAAAAUGUAUCAACAACACCGGACAGGAAUUUUACGAUCGAAGACGCGAUGGACUAUAUACUUGACACAACCGAUGACUGGUACCGCGAUCAAGUGAAAGGCAGUUACUCUCACGGGGUGGCGAAGACGAGGGCGGAAGUGGAGGCUAACGAGAAUGACCCUCGGAAAUGGAUCAACCCUCUAGAGACACGACUACCAUUGGCACCAAGCCUCAAGGUCUACUGUUUCUAUGGUGUAGGGAAGCCGACGGAGCGAGCCUACUUCUAUCGGGCGCCGGAUCCGGGAACGACAACGCAUCUUAAGAUGACGAUUGAUACGACUUUGACUCAGGGGCACAUUGACCACGGUGUGAUCUUGGGCGAAGGCGAUGGCACAGUGAACCUUAUGAGUCUGGGGUACAUGUGCAAUAAGGGGUGGAAAAUGAAGAGAUACAAUCCUGCGGGCUUAAAAAUAACCGUGGUCGAGAUGCCGCAUGAACCAGAACGGUUCAAUCCGAGAGGAGGGCCGAAUACGGCGGAUCACGUGGAUAUUCUAGGAAGACAGAAUCUAAAUGAGUACAUUCUUAGAGUGGCGGCAGGUCAAGGCGAUACAAUCGAGGAUUUUAUUGCUAGUAAUAUUCUUGAAUAUGUGGAAAAGGUUAAAAUUUAUGAAGAAUGAUUAAAUAUAGUACGUAGAUACUUGAUAGUAUGAUUAAUUAUACAUGUAUUUUUGAGUUA